GCUAGAGGACACAAAAAAAGAAGAAGGGUAGUUCACACUUCUCAUCAUCAUCAUCAGCACAACAAAGUAAGGAUAGAAGAGAUUGGGGAGGUAUCCAUAGAGAGAGAUCGCUGGAAAAUGGCGGAUACGAUCGUCGGCCAGAGAGACUUGAACUUGAAAGAGACAGAGCUGUGUCUAGGGCUUCCUGGUGGUGGUGGUAAAGUUACUAGUGAUUGUGAUCAAAUCACAAAGGUUACCGGAAAGAGAGGGUUUUCAGAGACGGUUGACUUGAAGCUAAAGCUUCAUGAAUCCAAGGAAGCUAUGUUGGAUCUGAAUGAGAAGAUGAUCAAGAAUGUUAAUUCAAAGGACAAAACCCACGACUCUUCAAAACCUCCAGCCAAGGCACAGGUUGUGGGUUGGCCACCAGUGAGAUCUUACAGGAAGAAUAUUAUGACUCAAAAAAACAGUAUUAGCGAGGAGAGUAGUCAUGAGAAGGAUAGUAGUGGUGGAUGUAAUGCAGCAUUUGUGAAGGUUUCAAUGGAUGGAGCACCUUAUCUUCGCAAAGUUGACUUGAAGAUGUAUAAAAGCUAUCAACAACUCUCUGAUGCCUUGGCCAAAAUGUUCAGUUCCUUCACUAUGGGUAAUUAUAAUGGAGCACAAGGAAUGAUAGAUUUUAUGAAUGAGAGCAAGUUGAUGGAUCUACUCAACAGUAGUGAUUAUGUGCCAACCUACGAAGAUAAGGAUGGUGACUGGAUGCUUGUUGGCGAUGUUCCAUGGGAGAUGUUUGUUGAUUCAUGCAAGCGCUUGCGCAUUAUGAAAGGAUCUGAAGCAAUUGGACUUGCGCCAAGAGCCAUGGAGAAAUGCAAGAGCAGAGCCUGAAUUGAAACAUAUAUAUAUAUAUAUCUACAUGCCGUGUCCUUUAUAAGUAUUGUGUCCACAAGGCCUAGAGAGUAUUGUGGAACUAGAUUGGAUCAAGCAAGAGAGUGUUCUUUAAUUGAAUGUAUGUUUUGUAUUUUUUAUUUGAUGAUGGUGGUAUAUAGAUAUAUAAUUCAGAGAUGUGGACAUUUGUAAUGGACAAAAAAGCAAUAAACCUUAGCUUUAUGUC